UCUUUGUCUGAAAGCGCAAUAAUACAUCAUAAAACAAAGCGCACUGAUAUCACUGUUGUCGGUUCGACGGAAGUAUUCUAUUUCUUUUUACAGAAAGUUAUUCUUCGAGAUAUCAUGUCAUAUAGUGAAUCUGAAAAUUAUAAAAGCAGAGCACGUGAUUCCGCUGGAGCUCCAACUCGUGGUAGCAAAGAGCGUGAUUACAGCAACAGGUCAGAAGACCGCGCCAGGUCUGAUCAUAACAACAGCAGCAAUGACUAUAGUGGACCCCCUGGAAUGCAGCCUGAUGGGAUGAUUGAGAGCAACUGGGAGGAAAUAAUGGAGAAUUUUGACGACAUGAACUUACGUGAGGAACUCCUGAGAGGCAUCUACGCCUAUGGUUUUGAGAAGCCCUCGGCCAUUCAACAGAGGGCAAUCAUGCCAUGCGUCCAGGGUCAUGAUGUCAUUGCUCAGGCUCAAUCGGGAACAGGCAAGACAGCAACUUUUGCAGUGACCAUCCUUCAACAACUUGAUCCAGCCCUCAAGGAGUGUCAGGCCCUUGUCCUAGCUCCAACCAGAGAACUGGCUCAACAGAUUCAAAAAGUGGUGAUAGCCCUGGGUGAUUACAUGGAAGCCCAGUGCCACGCCUGCAUCGGGGGCACCAACGUACGAGAGGAUCUGCACAGGCUGUCAAACGGCAUCCAGAUAGUCGUCGGUACUCCCGGUAGAGUUUUUGACAUGAUCAACAGGAAGGCGCUAAACACCAGAUUCAUUCGCAUCUUCAUUCUGGAUGAGGCAGAUGAGAUGCUGUCACGUGGGUUCAAAGACCAAAUCUACGAUGUGUUUAGGACUCUCAAUGAAAAUAUUCAAGUGAUCUUGCUAUCAGCCACCAUGCCUGAAGAUGUGCUUGAAGUCACCAAGCGCUUCAUGAGGAAUCCGGUCAGGAUUCUAGUGAGGAAGGAGGAGCUAACUUUGGAGGGUAUCAGGCAGUUCUACAUUGAAGUCGAGCAAGAGGAAUGGAAGCUUGAUACUCUGUGUGACCUGUACGAGACACUGACCAUAACACAAGCUGUCAUCUUCUGCAACACCAGGCGUAAGGUCGAGUGGCUGACGGAGAAGAUGCACAGUAGAGAUUUUACAGUCUCUGCUAUUCACGGAGACAUGGACCAAGGUCAGAGGGACGUGAUCAUGAGGGAGUUCAGAUCCGGGUCGAGUCGUGUCCUCAUCACUACUGACCUUCUGGCUAGGGGCAUCGACGUACAGCAAGUGUCGUUGGUCAUCAAUUAUGACCUGCCAACAAAUAGGGAGAAUUAUAUUCAUAGAAUUGGGCGAGGCGGUCGGUUCGGUAGGAAGGGGGUUGCGAUAAACUUCAUGACAUCAGAGGAUAGGAGGACUCUGAAGGACAUAGAGACCUUCUACAAUACCCAGAUUGAUGAGAUGCCCAUGAACGUUGCUGACCUCAUCUAGGUCUUGUGGUGUUGUUUGUUGUUGACGUUUGUUUAGAUCAAUCAGUCAGGGGUAGAGUUCCAUGGAGUUGAUUGAUUGAUGUAAGCCGUUAUUACUUAGUUGAUGAGUUGACAUGAGGAAGAAAAAGUAAAAAUAAAAAAAGAUAGUUCAGGAGAGAUAGAGAGAGAGAGAGAAUUUAAAUAAAAUAAAUGAAAAUAUUAAUAAUUAUUUUUUAAGAUGGAUGAUAUAAAUGAAUGAAAGUUACUAUCCCUCUUUUUUAAAAAUAUCGAAUUUUUAUUAUUUUUUUUUGAGAUGCUAGUGACAAAAGAUUGUUGUUUUGGAAAAAAUUCUCUUUUUGUUGUGCUAUAAUAAUUAUAUUAUUUAAAACUAAUGUGUUUUUUGGAAAGAUUUAAUUUUUUAAGGUUUAACAUUUUCAUUGAUACGGUCUCCUUUUGGCUAAUCUAAUAAAUCUUUUGAACUAUCAAAAUUGGGUUUUCACUAAUUGCAUCUUGAAGUAUAUUUUAUAAGCUAUAGGUUGAUGUGUGUGUAUUUGUAUGUGUGAUUUUGUGAUUGUGUGUCUGUGUGUGUAUUGGUAGUUUUAAUUCGUUGAUUGCCUAUAUUUUUAUUGUUAACAAUUCAAUAUCUUGUUAAAAUGUAAGCAUGAGUGUUUAUAUAAUAUUUGUAUAUGAGAGUAUUAUAUAUAUUUGUUGGUUAUUUGUAUACAAGUAUAUAUAUAUAUAUAUAUAUUAUAAAUAUAUAUAUAUAUGUGCGUUUUUGUAUAAGUAAUGCAUAUACACACUUUGUAUAUAAAUAAUUGUGUGUAAUAUAUGUAUGUGUAUAUACGCUAGUGUGCGUGCAUGAAUGUGUACAUGUGCUUGUGUAUUUAUGUAUGUAUGUGUGUCUGUGUGUGUUUGUGUAUGCAAAUGUAAAGUGAUUGUAGACUAAUUAUAUAUAAUUUAAUUAUAUAUAUAUAUAUAUAUAAUUAUAACGUUUAUUCGUUAGUUUUUUUCUUAUUAAUGCUGAUUUAAAUUUUAUAAUAUAAAGUAAGAAAAUAUGCAAGAAGAUAAAAAUAAUUUAGCCUGGGAUGAUUUCAAUGUACGCAUAUGAUAGGAAAUUUUUUAAUUAUUUUCACAAUUACUAUUAUUAUGAUUAAAGUUAUUAUUAAUGUUAAAAUUAUUAAUGAUGUUGGAAUUAUUAUGAUUAUAAUUAUUAUUUAUUUUGAAAUUAUUAUUAUUAAUGUUGGAAUUAUUAUUAAUGUUUCUUCAGUGCAAAUGAAAAUAAAAUAUAUUGAUGAUGACGACCUUGUAGUAGAAUAAAAUGGAUAAAAUAG